CCCCUGUCAACACCGACCGGGUAUAUAUAUCUUAACAUUGUCACACCUCCUUGACCUCUCCUCGUAAAUACAGAUCACAUUACCACAAACCUCAUCAAGUGUUUGUGUCAGUGCUUCAGUAGUUACGGAUAUGGAGCACUCAGUCAAGUCAGUUCAAGCAGAUCCGAAGCCUCCACCUAGGACAGAUGUUGGCUCUAAAGGCCUGAAAAUUAACCUGAAGACAAACUAUUUUCCAAUCAGUGUUAAAAAUAAGUUUGCAGAACUGGUUCAUUAUGAUGUCUCUCUAAAAAAACACAACAAAGAUGCAAAUCUUCCACGAAAAACGAAAAUGGAGAUAUUUGAAAAAAUGAAGAUGAUAUAUGAAAAGGAUUUCAAGAAUUACCCACUUGCUUAUGACUCAGAAAGGAAUGCAUACAGUGUGGGUGUCAUCCCUGCUCUUCAAACUCCUGAUUGCCAGAGUACUUAUGAGGCGAGUAUUUAUUAA